AUGACAAAUAGAGUUGUGUUGCCGGGGUUCUGUCUGGGCGCCUCCGCGGCCAAGUGUGCCGACGACAACGUCCACGUCCGGAACACGCUCAUCCACUCCGCUGUGCUCGGCACCGCCACCGUUAAUCAGGAUUCCAAGGACGGGGUAAGUGGCUGCGCCGCUGUGUUGCCUCAUCGGUUUCAGGUGCCCACGAUCGCACUCCGUACCUGCGCCACCGCCGCCCCGGCCGUCGGCGCUAUCGUUGUCGCGCAGGUGUCCAAGCUGACGGCGAAUCAGGUCGAGUGCUGCAUCGUCUGCAUCGGUGACAAGCCGGUGCCCGAGGGGCUGAAGGGCGUCAUCAUGAGCAGCAACAUCCACGAGUCGAAGGCCAUCGACUCCACGGUGUACGAAUGGUUCCGCCCCGGCGACUUCGUCCGCGCACGCGUCAUUUCCACCAAAAGGAUGGUGCCGAUUUCGUGGAAGUUUUUCCUCGGUUACAAAUCGGGGGUAGUGGUGAAAAGGUGA